CCGCCCUCAGAUCCUCCUAAACGCUGCUCAGAAAACAUACGCUCGAUAAGUGAACGAAGCUCCGCCCAUCUGUGGGCAAGCCCCUCCCCCCCAUUCAUUUCAGCGUUCCCAUCUCCAGCCGCGGCACUGGCCCCGCCCCGGCAGCUGAUUGGGGGAUGGUCUCUGAGCUACCACCCACCCCUUACUGGUUGCUGUGGUGACGGGACGCUGCUGAGGCUGCGGCAGCCAUUACUAUUACUCUGUACACUCAGUGUCUAUAUAAUACUGUAUAUAGAGUACUGCUGAGAGUAGGGGGACGUGUAAUACUCAACCAAGCUCUUGUGGAACUACAAGUCCAACCAUGCCCAGCUGCCCUGGUGCAGUGUGCUGGGACUUGUAGUGCCGCAAGCCCCUGGAGAUCUAGUUUGCAGAGCUGACACUUCUUGCACUGUUCCUGCAGCGUCAUCAGGGUCCUGGCUAUGGGGAAGAAGGCGGACAAGGGCCCGAGGGACAGGACGCUGAAGGACUGCACUGAGGAGGAUCUCAGACACACAGGUGUUGGUCAACAAGACAAAACGUUACUGACACCAGAGGAGUACGAGUGCACCGGGAUCCUGGAACAGGAUUUUACAGAGCUCUGCAGCCGCUCGGGUUAUACAGAAAUUCCAAAAGUUGUGGCCCGAUCGCAUCCGCCCAGCACACCGGUAUCCGAAAAACAUGGCUUAGAUGACACAGACUGGGCAUCGGACACCCAGGCCGGUCACAGUAACCUCUCUUCUUUGAAGCCAUGUAUCCGGGUGGAGCUGGAAAGUGAAGACGGACGUUCCGUCCAAGAAAUAUCCAUCGGAGGGUGGAAGAUCGACGAUAAAAUGAUGGGAAUAUUCGCUAAGUGUUUGCCGGCCGUUACCAGCCUCCACAAGAUCAGCCUGUGGAACGUCGGCCUCACAGACAGCACCUUCUCCUCCUUCCUGGCCAUCCUGCAGCACUGCCCUAACGUCAGGGCAGUGGCGCUGGAAGGUAACCCGCUGCCAAACCAAUCAUAUUGCAAGCUGAUCUCGGAUGAUUUAGUGUUGAGCCAUAUAUCUCUCAGGAACAACCAAAUCAACGAUGAAGGGGCACAACUCAUCAGCCAAGCCAUACUGAACCUGAAGAUGACCAACAAAGCCUUGUCUUCCCUGGUCCUCAGCUACAACCACAUCACAGACCUGGGGGCAGGUCACAUCGCACAGGCUUUAAGAUUGAACCGAUCUCUGCUCACCCUCAAUCUAUCAAGCAACCAGAUCGGAGAUCAAGGAGCUUUGGCGCUGGCUGAGGUGCUGGGACAUUUCUCAUUAACACACACAGAGAUUGUGGAGAGGAGACGCCUACUGCUGGAGAAGGGGACCCAGGAGCAGCCCAGAUCGCCGCCCACAUCCCGGCCCGCUGAUUCAAAGAGUGACCGAUUGGCCAACCAUGCGAGCACCACAGCGUUGGAUAAAGCAGACAAGAACCACGCUAUGAAGGCUAAACAGAGUGUCACCAAGAAGAAAGACAAGGAGAAGGAGCCCCAGAAGAAAGAGGACAGGUCUUCUGUCAGCAAUGGGACGAGUGGUACCCCCAGUGUGGUGACGCAGCCAGGGCCAGCUAAGAAAGAGGACCCCAAAACACCCAAAAAACAAUUGGUCAACCCUGAUCAAAAAAGCACACGUGGAAAAGGAGUCAAAUCUGCCACCAAGAGAGCUCCCUUGUCGGAGCAAGAGGUAAACCGGCAAGUGGAACCCACUGAGGCGGCCAACCCGUUAUUGGAAGCAGCGGAAUUUCGGCAUGGGAAAGUAUUUCUCCCGGGAAACAAAGUUCUGAUCAGCCUAAACCUCUCACGGAACAAGAUCGCAGAGGAGGGAUUGAAAGGCUUUGUGGCAGCAAUGGAGACGCAGAUACAGGAGACCAAGCCAAUUCCCGGCACCAAGAGCCACACGGGACUAAUGCGGCUGAGUGUGGGGGUGAGCACCCUGUAUUUACCUGUACAACGAGUCGUUUCUCUGGACCCAAAGAACAACUUCCCAGAUGAAUGUUUGACCCAUGCACGGCUCCAGGAGAUAAUGCUGCCCAGGGACCCUAUGAAGUCCUCCAAGUCUUCUGAAGAGGAGCAGCCGCUGUGAGGGGGACACGAGGAGUACAGGCAGGAGACCUCCCUAGGGAUGAGCGGAGAGACCAUGCUGCGGAGGAAGAAAGCACGCCACAGCUCACCCGCUCUAUUGCAGGGAAUAUGAACGUGUGAUAUGAAUUCUCCAGUUGUCUAAUGUAACUAUUAUUACAUGUUUGGACUGCU